GCACACAUUAUACCUCUUCUGACAUACUGUGACGAAGGUAUUUAAAAUUAUAUUCAGUACAAUAUAUGCAAGGUCGUGUGUUUAUACGAAACUUGACAGCUUUAUUAACGUUAUUAUAAAAUGGGUUUAUUUGGUAAAACCCAAGAAAAAGAUCCAAAAGAAAUGGUCCAAGAAUGGACUCAUAAAUUAAGAAAAGAAGGUUAUAAUUUAGACAGACAAGUUAGAGCAAUUCAAAGAGAGGAAGAUAAAGUAAAGCGUUCCUUAAAAGAAGCAGCUAAAAAGAAUGACAAAGAUGUGUGUAAAAUUCUUGCUAAAGAAAUUAUUCGAGCUCGCAAAGCAUGUAAUAAACUGUGUACAUCAAAAGCUCAUUUGAAUUCAGUAGCUUUACAAAUGAAAAAUCAAUUAGCAACUAUAAGAGUUGCAGGUUCUGUAUCUAAAUCUACAGAAGUUAUGCAAGCUAUGCAGUCGUUAGUGAGAGUGCCUGAAGUUGCAGCCACUAUGAGGGAAUUAUCAAAAGAAAUGAUGAAAGCUGGUAUUAUCGAAGAGAUGUUAGAUGAAACUAUGGAUUCUAUUGAAGAAUCCGAAGAUAUGGAAGAUGAAGCUGACGAAGAAGUUGAUAAAAUUUUAUGGGAAGUUACAGCGGGACAACUUGGAACAGCUCCUGCAGUUGUUACAGAAACUCCUGGUGUCGUUCCAUCUACAUCUGUUGAAGUAGAAACAGAGGAUGUAGAUGAUGAUAAAGAACUUGAAGAAAUGAAAAAUAGAUUACAGAGUCUACGCAGUUAGUCUUAACACAUAAAUUAUUUAUAUGUUGAUAACAUUAUAAGUAUGUGACAUCUUUUAAAGUUACAUUUGUUAGAAGAAUGAAAAUAGUGAAUGAAAUAACAUCUAUAUUAGAUUAAAUUAUCUUAAUUAAGCUUUGAACACAUCUUAAUACACUUAUUUUUACAGAACACAGUAUAAUUUAAACUUACUGUAAAAAUUCUAAACAUACGCAAGUUUCUAAACAAUGUUACUUUAUUACAAGUUUUAUAUGUAUAUUUAACAAUCUUUAUAUCUUUGUUAUAAGUAUUAUAUUUUACCAAAUAUUCACUAUUCAUGUUAAAAAAUAAACUGAAAAGCUGGCUUUGAAAUUAACAUUACUUAUGCUAAUUUAUUUUGAUAAUGUACAAUAGAAAAAUAUUGUGCUAGUAUAUUCGUUGUAAUUAAUAACAAACUUUAUAAAAUAAGCUGGGACAAUAUGUCAAAAUUAAUAUUUAUGUAAACAAUAAUCAUAAUAGUAUAAUGAUAAUUAUACAAGCAAGUAAUACAUAAUAAUUCACUAAUGAAAUCAAUCACGAACAUAAUAUUUAUAAAUAAUCUUAUAUAACCAGAUGACUAUCACAGAACGAACUUUCAUUUGAAAUUAUAACACUUCUGGUUAUAUGUAAAUAUUGUAUUUAUAUCAGCAUUGUAAAGUAAAAACUAAUUAAGAUUAUAAUCAACUAAACUAUUUCAUAAAAUUAUUGUAUAAUAUGCUUAUGUAUACAUUUAUAAUUAAAAAGCGAUAAAAUAAUAA